AUGCUGGGACUCACUGACUGGCUGUUUCUCAUUCUGUCCACUGCAGAGUUCAUUCUGGGGCUGCUGAUGAACGGUCUGAUUGGAUUGGUCAAUGGCAGUGGCUGGUUCAAGAACAAGAGAAUCUCUUUGUGUGACUUCAUCAUCACCAGCCUGGCCAUCUCCAGAAUCCUUCUGCUGUGGGUUCUCCUGGUUGAUGGCGUUUUGCUAGUGUUCUAUCCCAAAGAACACGAGUCAGGGGUCCUCAUGAAGAUGAUCGAUCUCUUCUGGACAUGUACAAACCAUCUGAGCAUCUGGCUCACCACCUGCCUGGGUGUCCUCUACUGUCUGAAGAUUGCCUGUUUCUCCCAUCCCAUCUUCCUCUGGCUCAAGCGGAGGGUCUCCAGGGUGGUUGCGUGGUUGCUGCUGGGGGCGCUGCUCUUGUCUUGUGGCAGUACUCUGUCUCUUCUCCAUGAGUUUAAGGUCAACUCUGGCUUCAGCGGGAUCAAUGUCACAGGGAAGGAAAUGGAACGCAUGAGCAGGAAGAGAGGCGAAUACAAGUUGAUCCAUGUGCUGGGGACGCUGUGGUACCUCCUUCCCUUGGUGGUGUCUCUGGUCUCUUACCUUCUGCUCAUCCUCUCCCUAGGGAGGCACACGCGGCGGAUGCGGUACACUGGGGCUGGCUGUAGAGACCCCAGCACGGAGGCCCACCACAGGGCCAUCAGAAUCAUCCUCUCCUUCUUCUUUCUCCUCCUGCUCUACUUCCUGGCCUUUUCCGUCGCAUCGACCAGUUAUUUCUUUCCAGAAACCACGAUGGUGCUCAUGGCUGCAGAAAUCAUUGCAAUGCUCUAUCUUGUGGGCCACUCAUUUAUCCUCAUUCUGGGGAACCCCAAGCUGAGGCAGACAUUUGUGGGGCUUCUCCAGUGUGAGUCUGGCUGUCUGAAGCCUGGGUCCAAGUUCGUUUCUCCCCACAGAGCGGCAGAGGACCAGAAGGGACCCUAA